UACUCAAUGCAACAUAAACCGUAAUUAAUAAUUAUUGACAUAAUAACAUUUAUUAAUAUACAAAUUAAUUAAUAAAAGUAAAAAGUAGGUACCUAUAGUGUUAUAGUUUUCAAAAUUAUUUUAGUACCUAUUUGAAUGUGCCACGUAAACAAUGUUCAUUUAAUUAUUUUGUGAUCGUUACCACGAGUAGAAUGUAAUGCUAUUGUAAUUUGUUCUAAUAAAUUUGUUUAGUAUACAUCAAUCAAAUACUCAAGUCAACUUCAGGAUUUAAAAAGUUGAUGAAUCAUGUUACCUCCACACAAUGGUGAAAUUAUGCAUCUUAACGUUGGUGGUACUAGGUUCUCAACAUCUCGACAAACAUUAACAUGGGUGCCAGAUUCCUUUUUUACUGCUCUAUUAAGUGGCCGUAUUUCUAGUCUACGGGAUGACACAGGAGCUAUAUUUAUUGACCGUGAUCCAAAAGUUUUUGCAAUAAUUUUGAACUACCUACGAACACAUGACAUAGAUUUGUCUGGUACCGAUAUUAGAACAUUACGCCAUGAAGCUGAAUUUUAUGGUAUUAUGCCUCUAGUCAAGCGCCUUAUUCUAUGUGAAGAUCUAGAGCAAUCAUCAUGUGGAGACAUUCUAUUUUACAGCAUGUUACCAGCCCCAAACCCUCCUAUGCAAGAGUCCGAGAUAAUUAGUAAUGCAGCUAAAGUAGAUGAUCAAACAAGGCCUGGUUCAAUAGUCCGUGUCCCUGAACCAGCACCACCACCAAAUUCACCAUCAUCAAUACCUCAUACUCACGGAUAUCAAAGUCGUUGUCAUUCUCGCAAUUCAUCUUUGGAUAUUUCUCGAGUUACUGUAAAUGGUCGUGGGUCAGUUAUUAAUGGACGUGGUAACGGUAACAGUGGACACUCUCGGGCAGCUUCAUUGGGUAACCAUGUACCUAAUCACCAUUCCAGAAACUCAUCAGCUGAUCUCAACAAAUAUAUUAGAAAUGAUGCAUUAAACUUGGUUUUUGGUUAUAAUCAAGGUUCUAACUGGGCUGACCCAUUGCGUGUCCAAAUCAUCAAAGCUCACCAUAAUUGGAUUGUAGUUGCUUAUGCUCAUUUCAUUGUUUGUUACAGAUUAAAGGAUUCAAGUGGUUGGCAACAAGUUUUUACAUCACCACAUAUAGACAACUGUAUAGAACGAAUAGCAAUUAAUGCUAAAAUGAAUAGCCAAAAUGGUAAUUCUGAUGGAUCUUCUGUUAUGGUUGCUAUAUCAUACGGAAAUCAAGUUCGACUUUGGGGAGUAUCAGAACAGGGAUCUCGAACCAAUAUAGGUACAUUCAAUUUAAAUGUCCGUGUAGAACAUUUAUUUUUUAUUGGUAGUCAACUUGUGGCUUUAUCUCCUACUGGUAAAAUAGGGGUUUGGCAUGCAAUGACUCAACAUUGGCAAACUCAAGAUGUAGUACCAAUCGCAUCAUUUGAUACGGCUGGCUCAUUUCUACUUCUUGGUUGUAAUAAUGGAUCAAUAUAUUAUAUUGAUAUGCAAAAAUUUCCAUUGCGAAUGAAAGACAAUGAUUUAUUAGUUACUGAACUCUAUAGAGAUGCAUCAAAUGAUCCAAUUACUGCUAUUUCUGUUUAUUUGACGCCUAAGACAAGUGUCAGUGGAAAUUGGAUUGAAAUAGCAUACGGCACAAGUUCAGGUACAGUACGUGUGAUUGUUCAACAUCCAGAGACUGUAGGACACGGUCCUCAACUAUUUCAAACAUUCACUGUUCACCAAAGUUCUGUUACUAAAGUUACAUUGUCAGAGAAAUUCCUUGUCUCCGUUUGUAGUGAAUAUAAUCAUGUGAGGACAUGGAGUGUAACAAGAUUUAGAGGCAUGAUUUCUACACAACCAGGUUCUACACCAGUUGCUUCGUUCAAGAUACUGUCACUUGAAGAAGUCGAACCCUGUAUUAGCUACUGUGCUGGAAAUGAUUGUGGACCCUAUGGUGAGCAAGAUGAUGAACAAGUAUUUGUUCAAAAGGUUAUGCCUGAAACUUCUGAAUUAUUUGUUCGUCUUGCGUCCAAUGGUAAAAGAGUUUGUAUAAUUCGAGCUGUGGAUUGUACGAUAAUUACUUGCUUUUGUGUGCAUGAAUGUGAAGGCUCUAGUCGUAUGGGAUCAAGACCUCGAAGGUUUAUAUUAACUGGACACUGUAACGGGGCUAUUCAAAUGUGGGACUUGACUACAGCUUUAGAUUUAGCCAACAAAUGUCUACAACCUAUACCAAAUGGUGGUCCGACAGCCGAAGAAUUGUUACGACUACUUGACCAGUGUGAUCUGAGCAACAGCCAUUGUUCAACACCUAGUAUAUCUCCAUACCCAGGAAUGUUGAUCUCAAAAGGAAAUACGGCUAGAUUAAAGGCGUCCAAUGUAGCCUUUCUCAAUCAGUCUCAACAAACAGACGCAUCCACUUCAACAUCGUCCUUAUAAAAUUAUCUUAGGUAUACAUAUUAAAAUUAAAUAUUUAGGUGGAUAUUAAAUUAAUAACUACCCAUGGAAGGUCAAAUGCAGAUAAAUAUUUUUAAUUGAAUAUUUAUUUAAGGGGACUGUGGAAUUUGUAAUUGAUGUUUACUAACUGUCUGUGUUUUAAUUAAUUUCACUUCAUUGAAUUAUUUGUUUCAAGUAGAAACUUAAUAUUUUAUGUUUUAAACACUUCAUAUGAAUUAUAUUAUCCAGGCUCAAACUCAAUUACAUGUUAGUUUUUUUUUCUGUUUGAAACAGUAACUAUCAAUUGAUAAUAAUUAUUAUCCUUGAAAUUGUUUGUAAUAAAAUAUAUGAACAAUAAGUGCAAAAUAAAAUAUUUAUUUAUUUAUAAUAAAUAUGGGACCAAUUACCGUUUCAGUAAGUAAUAAAUAAUAAUUAAUACCACAACAAAUUCUAAAUUUACUUAAUAUUCUUUAAUUAAUGAAAACUAUUGUUUUCUGUACAUGGAUAUAAAUGUAUAAAAUAUAUAAGCAUUUUGAUUAAGUUUGAUAGAAGUUUAAUCUGUAACAUAAUCUAUUUAUCUAUUUAUCUCAGCAUGAGCGACAAAAAAAUAAUAAGUUUUAUAUAUAUUGUAUGAAUAUCUCAGUAAUUUGUUUUUGUGAGGUAACCAUUAAAAAAUUACAGAAAAAUUAAAAUGUAUAUUGAUUUAAAAAAAAAUAUAUUUGUAUUGUAUCUUGGGUCGUGAUAUGGGUAAUGAAAGAAGUGUAUUUGUAUUAAAUGGGCAACUAUAACAAACUAUUUUUAAUCAUGUUUAUUUCAAAUCUAUCAUUCUUAACUAUUAUCAAUGUGAUAUUAGCAGAUUAGGUGAUACUGUCAAUUACAUAAUAUGAAUAUUGAAUGUAUGUAAUUUAUUAUAUGAAUUUUACCAAUCCACCAAAUAGGUAUUGUGAAUAUUCUUAUACUUAUGUUUAAAAUUAAAAUUUAUAUAUUUUAAAACAAUGAUACUCGAUUAGUUGAAUUCCAUUUUUAAAGUUGUAAUUUAGUUCAUUGAAUUACAGUAUACCCAUGUAAGUAUCAUUAUUUUUUUUAUUAUUUACAGUAAAAUAUUUUAUACUUUUAAAAAUGAUGAUGAUUUUCUCAGUAAUUUUUUUUUUUAAGUUUAAAUUAAAUUAUUUAAAUGCAGUUUUUGAUGAUAAUUAAUAUUUACUAUAUAAGUAUAGCAAUACUAUAAAGCUUAUGAGUAUAUAUUACAAUAUUAAAUACCAUACUUUCAAAGAUUAUUUUUUUCACUUUUUGAACUUCCACUCACUAACUAUAAACUGUUUAGUUGAAAAGAAUUGCAAAUAUAUAAACUAUGUGAUUAUAAAAUUUUCAUAUUUAUCAUCUAAUUGUUUAUAGUUUAUAUAUAAAAUGUAACUAUAAUAAUCAUGUGUUUUAUGGCGAUAUUAGCACAUUGCACUGGUAAAAACUAUUAAUAGUAAGUUUUUCAAACGUUAUUAUACCUUAUUUGCAGUGUUGUAACUACCAACUGUGCAAGGUGUGCAUUGCAUAUCAACCUCCAAACUGUACAUCAGUGGCAUAAUUAGGAAUUUUCCUUGGGGGGAUUACAUUUUUUUUUUGUGUAAAACUGUAAACUUUAUUAUUUCUAACAAAAAAACCUUACUUUUUUGAAAAAAUAUUUAAACCUCACAUUAAGAUUUGUACACCAGCCUCAUAAUGUGUAGUUAUGGCACUGCUUAUUUGUUUAUAAAUUUGAUUUAAUCGUUCAUAAUAUUAAUUAAUUUAACUUAUUCAUAUAGAUAAGUACUGAUUUCUAGUUUUUGCCACACUAAUUUCGAAAAAGUAAACAAACACUAUUAACUAUAAAUUAUGUACUAAUUAUAUACCUAUAUCUUACUACUUAUCAAAAUUAGUAAUUACCAUUUUUUAGAUAACACUUAACACUCUAUAAGUAUGUAGUUUUUAUAUUAAUUGUUAUACAGUGGAUUCCGCUUAAUGUGGGCACGUUGGGACCAGCCCUAUUUGCCCAUAUUAAGCGGUUGCCCAUAAAAACCGAAAUUAGUUCAAAAACACAAAAAUUUAUAAUACCAAAAAAGUUGUUAUUUUGAACAUGUGAAUCAUACAAUUGAAAAAAAAAUAUAAAACUUAAUAUAACAUACUGAAUAAAAUUACUAUUUUUAGAAGGAAGAAGUAUAAAACAUUAAUGUUUAAAUGGUUAUGCUUUUUAUUACUUUCGAUAAACACUAUCUCAUAGAUCAGACGAAACCUGAUUAUAUUAGUUGUUUUUAAAUACAUUAUGUGUAAUGUGUCCAUACUAAUGCUAUGAUAAAAUAAAAAUUGCUCACAUAAAUCGAAAAGUACCCAUAUUAUACGGCGUUUUUUAACAUUAGUUAAAUACAUUUGUAUUGGGACUAGACCAUUUUGCCCAUAUUACGCGGAUGCCCAUAUUAACCGGUGUCCACAUUAGGUGGAAUCCACUGUACUACAUUUAUCAAUAUAAUUUACUUAUUCAUAUGGCCUCACAAGUUGUUAUUAAAACGAUUCUGUUCUAUUCUUAUUGAAAAUUUGUAAAAAUUUAAUAAUAAAUAUUUUUAUACUGUUUAUAUUUUAUCAAUUUAUCAUAUUGUGUUACAUUAUAUGUUAUUUUAUAAGAUUUAUGUCAUAUAUUAUAAUUACUAAUAAAAAUAUUGAUGAUAAAA